UCUAUGGUUCCGGUCCCACCUUCCCUCGGGGCCGGAAGUGGCGCAGUGGCUGAGACUGAGCGAAGUCGAAGGACUUAGGGAGGCUGUGGUCUUAACUGUGAGGGCCAGGGGGCAAAAUGCCAUCGUCUAAACAACUAGCUGACUUUGGCUACAAGGCCUUCUCUGCCUCCAUGAUGCUGCUCACCGUGUAUGGUGGCUUCCUGUGUAGUGCCCGGGCCUAUCGCUACUUUAAACAUCGUGGUGUCCUCCGUCAGGCAGCUGAAGAACAAAAGGCUCCAAACAUUCUACAGGACUGAAGAGAUCAUUCUACCUUGGGAUAAAGAGGCCUGAGGCCUGCUGUAGAACACCUGAAAUUAUUUGCAUGGAAGGGCCCUAGCUUGGGAGUCUCCCUGGCUUCCAACCUUGGUCAGAGGAAUGUAUUGAUGUACUCCCUGCCUCGAGUUCUGAGUGAUGAUAGAUCACAGCAGAGGGGUGACAGUGAAGGACACAUAAAGACAUUAAAUAUGGUUUGCCAUUUCA